AUGGAGCUGGUUAAUAUCAUCGGUGACGGGACAACUGCCCAUAUGCUAGCCUUGUUGACCGGCCUCUUCGAAACCGAGCUACCAGAAUCCCGGCGUUUUCCCGACAAUCGAUUUCGGCCAGUUGAAGAAGCCUCCCAAGGGGUGUUGAAAGGCGAGAUCGCCAAUGAGACGACAGUCGACACCUUUCCCUGGGUUUGGGACCGAUAUUCCAGGCUGGCCGGCUACGCGACUCAUUACAUCGAGGACGAGCCGCACUGGGGCUCCUUCCAGUACCGGUUGCGCGGCUUCGGGGCUGCCCGAGAGCCGGUCACUAGCUACGGUCGACCCUGUCUUGUGCAGGCCAUAUCUGACGUGAAGAAGUAUCCACGUACUCUUGGUUGCAUCUAUUCCAGGUGCUUCUAUUUUCACCUCUAUUUAGUUCGGCUUUUCGCGCUCUUUCGAGGCCUGCUACUCCUUUUUUUCUCAUACCUGUUUCCAUUUACUCAUCCUUAA